CGCAUACGCGCAUGCUCUGCAUACAUACGACAUUCUGGGAAGCCAGCUACAUUAGUGCUCAAGAUGUCUACAAGCCAACAACAAUCUGGACCCAAAGACAUCAACAACAUGUCAUACGAAGGAUUUUGGAAGAUGGUCAAGGAGAAAUCCAACGAUUCCGCUGCUACCAAAGUCGUCGAUCCCAAAGCGUUAGCGUCCGCCAAGGACUGGGAAGCCGGAAAAGGUCUCCUUGAUGCCACUGAAGAACUCCUCAAAGCUGAAGACGCUCUCGUCAAGGCCAGCCAAGCCCAAUACAAACUCCUCAAUGGUAUCGCUUGCCACCAUCCUCACGGUGAAAAGAUCCUCGAAUAUCUCCGUCGUGGAUCUGAGGACUCGCGAUUCUCUAGCCACUGCGUUGUCGCAUAUAGAAGGAAAGCGAUCGCUUUGGAUCUUCAGGCCAGCGGCGAUGAGAAGAGCAUGAGCAGUGGUGACAGCGAGAGCGAAGAAGAAGAUUUCUCCAAGCCUAUAAGUGUUCGCAGCACGUCCUCUGACGAGUCGGACACGCUACAGCGCCAGCACGUCAUUCGCACCUUGGGGGCGUACGAUGAAUACUCUUUUUCUUCGGAUGACGACGAUGAAGACGACGACGCUGCCGUAAUCGAAUGGCCCACCCGGAUCGCGAGCAAGAGCGACCGCUCCUCGGGCUUUCUGGGAGGAGGAAAAAUCAGCAACAAGUCGAAGCCGAAGGAUACCAAGGAGGGUGGGGACAAGCAGUUGGAUAGGAAAGGGCAGAUGCUUGCAAUCGAGCUGGCAGCGAAGAAGCUUGUGGCGGAGAGGAGGGCAAACAAGCAAAAGGUCAAGGUGGGAAGGGAAAAGGGGGUCAAGGUCAUUGCCGUGGACGGGCAAGCUGGACCUAGCCCGAGUACCGUUGAAUCCGGUGUCAACAACCAAGCAAACUUUUGUCAAGCGCAAGAUAUCCUUCAGCUGCACAGGGACCUCCUCAAAUCCAACCCGGUCCUCUACUUGAAACACUAUCACUUGCCUGCCUUGCCCGUUGCUCCAUCGUUCGACGCGGGCAGAGUCGGCUGGAAUGUCGAUGCUCCUGUCGCCACCGAACACCAGGGACGAGCUCAAGGCGAUCCGAAUCCUUCUGCGCCUGUUCCUGCGCCACAAGGUCAGGCUCAAGACCAGACCACUUCGACCGCGAUUUGACCUAGUCUGGCCUAACAAUCGCCCGAGCCAUGCGAGAGACAAGCCGUCUACUUCCCAGUAAACGCGAACAUUUGCAUGCCACGUCGCGAUGGCCGGCGACUAUCUAUCGUCCGCCCCGCUCGUCAACUGUCGAGGCCCCGUUCCGAAUUUUAUGUCUUCCGUUUUCUUCCCUGUCCCAUUGGUCUUCGGGCCUGAUGAUAUAUCAAUGUCCGUCUGAACCAUCUCGUGUCAUAUAGCCAUGUCUGUCGUUCUUUGUAUGUAUCUCAUCUGUUCUUAUAUCUUAUGCACAAGAAUACGGUCAUCAAGA